AGAGAGAAUAUAAAAGCAGUAAAGGUAAACAGCUGAAGCUUCUGAGCUGACGUCAGUUCAUGAAGAUUGGUGUUCCAGAAAAGUCCAUCUCUUAAACCGCAAGCUUUCGUGUUUAAAUCGAUCCAUCGAUAUCUCCAUUAGAGAUUAAAACACAGAAGAAGAAGAAGAAGAAGAAGAAGAAGAAGAAGAAGAAGAAUGGAUCCGUGCCCAUUCAUCCGGCUAAUCGUUGAAUCGUUAGCUUUAAAACUCCCACAGUCGAGUAAACCAGCAGGGUCAGGUGUCCACCCAUCAUCCACUCCAUGUUUCUGCAAACUCCAACUCAAGAACUUCUCCCAGCCACAAACAGCUCUCCUGUCUCUCUGUUCAACCUCCGGUGACUCCCCACCAGACUCACCCUCUUUCUCCGCCUCCUUCCACCUCGAACCCACCAUCCUCCGCCGUCUCGCCGCCAAGCCCACAACCUUAAACUUGUCUGUUUACACCGGCCGUAUGGGUCGCACUUGCGGUAUCAGCCACGGUAAGUUACUGGGCCGGGUUCGCGUCAGCAUCAACUUAAUGGGGACAGAGUAUCGAGCCUGUGUGUUCCAGAGCGGUUGGUUGAAGCUGGGCAAAAAACCGGACAGACCAUCGGCUCAAUUGCACCUGGUGGUCCGGGCUGAGCCUGACCCACGGUUCGUCUUCCAGUUCGGCGGCGAACCGGAAUGCAGUCCGGUAGUGUUUCAGAUCCAGGGGAAUAUAAGACAACCUGUGUUUAGUUGCAAGUUUAGCUCUGAUCGGAAUUCCAGAUCACGAUCUCUGCAACUAGAUUCCGGCUACAGAACAAGGCGAUGGAUCAGUUCCUUUGAAGCCGAGAAAGAACGUCAAGGAAGGGAGAGAAAAGGGUGGAUGAUCACAGUACACGAUCUUUCAGGCUCUCCUGUUGCAGCUGCUUCCAUGAUCACACCCUUCGUCCCCUCCCCGGGAUCUGAUCGUGUGUCACGUUCCAACCCAGGAGCAUGGCUAAUCCUCCGCCCUCACGGCUUCUCCAUCAGCAACUGGAAGCCUUGGGGACGCCUCGAAGCAUGGAGAGAACGAGGUAGCAAUGAUGGUUUGGGUUACAAGUUCGAGCUCGUCAAUGACAGUGGCACCAACAUUGGAAUCCCCAUUGCUGAAGCUACCAUGAGUGUCCGAAAGGGUGGAAAUUUUUGUAUCGACACUAGCACGGCCAGUGGUGGCGGCGGCGAAGCUGUGUUGUGGUCGUGGCCUGCCGCUGUUAGAGGGUUUGUGAUGGGUUCGACUGUGGAAGGAGAAGGGAAGAUGAGUAAGCCAAUGGUACAAGUGGGUGUGAGGCAUGUGAGUUGCAUUGCUGAUGCUGCUCUCUUUAUCGCUUUAUCUGCUGCCAUCGACCUUAGCAUGGACGCCUGUAGGCUUUUCUCUAGUAAACUCAGAAAAGAGUUUUGUCAUGACCACCAAGAUUAUAUUACUUAGAAUUUUGCUCUCCUAUACCAUGACAAUCCAAUUACAGGUUUGAGCGUGGGAGAACUAUUUGACCCCUCUAAUUCUCUUCUUUUCAUUCUUUGUUAAAUCUACUCCCUUUUCUUUUCUUUUCCUUCUCUUCUUCUUCUUUUUCUUUUUUUUUUUUUUUGGUACAAUUCAUUCUUUCUUCCAUACUUCUUCUACCUAGUUUUGUCACUUUUGGUCACUUUUUUUUUUGGUGGGGUCGUUGGGUAGUUUGGGCUUGGGUUUCCCUAAUACAUCAUGAUGAGAUCAGAGGUCAGAGAACAGAUUUUAUGUUUAUAAUUUCACACAUAAUGAAGCUGUACAGAUAAAAGUGAGUUAGUUCGUUAA